CUUGGCCGGCGCUUGCCCGCCGCCGCCUCCCCGGCCCGCUCGGCGCCUUCUCGGGCUCGGCUCGGCGCCCGCAGCAUGCAGCAACAGCCCGGGUGGCGGCGGCGGCCGUGAAGCAAGGGCCGUGCGCCCGAGCGGGCGGCGCGGGAGGGCGGCGGCGUCUUUGUUGCGGCCGGGCCGUCGCGGCCUUUGUCUGCAGAUGGACGCGGGCGGCCGCUCCGCCGCCGAAGGCUGGAGGAGGAUGGAGGCGCCGCCGGAGGGCGCCGACCUGGUGCCGCUGGACCGCUACGACGCGGCGCGGGCCAAGAUCGCAGCCAACCUGCAGUGGAUCUGUGCGAAGGCCUAUGGCCUAGACAACAUCCCUGAGGACCUCAGAGACCCUUUUUACAUCGACCAGUAUGAGCAGGAGCACAUUAAGCCACCCGUCAUCAAGCUUCUCCUGUCAAGUGAGCUGUAUUGCCGUGUCUGCAGCCUCAUCCUAAAAGGGGACCAGGUGGCUACCUUACAAGGACACCAAUCUGUCAUUCAGGCCCUGUCCCGGAAGGGCAUCUAUGUGAUGGAGAGUGAUGACACCCCUGUGACAGAUGCUGACCUCAGCCAGGCACCUAUUAAGAUGAGUGCCCACAUGGCAAUGGUGGAUGCCCUGAUGAUGGCCUAUACUGUGGAGAUGAUCAGCAUUGAGAAGGUGGUGGCCAGUGUCAAGCGAUUCUCUACAUUCAGCGCCUCAAAAGAACUUCCGUAUGACCUCGAGGAUGCCAUGGUAUUCUGGAUCAAUAAGGUAAAUCUUAAAAUGAGAGAGAUAACAGAAAAAGAAGUUAAAUUAAAACAGCAGCCACUGGAAAGUCCCGCUCAUCAAAAGUCUCCCUCCAAGUGGUAUUGGAAGUUAGUACCCGUCCGCUAUCGGCGAGAGCAUCUUUCUGCUAGGCAGUCACCCUACUUCCCGUUGUUGGAGGACUUGAUGAGAGACGGCAGUGAUGGCGCUGCUCUCUUAGCGGUGGUUCACUAUUAUUGCCCAGAGCAGAUGAAACUGGAUGAUAUUUGCCUGAAGGAGGUGCCAUCGAUGGCCGACAGCCUGUAUAACAUCCGGCUUCUAAGGGAGUUUUCCAACGAACAUCUGAACAAGUGUUUCUAUCUCACCCUGGAGGAUAUGCUGUACGCUCCCCUAGUGCUGAAGCCGAACGUUAUGGUUUUUAUUGCUGAGCUCUUCUGGUGGUUUGAGAACGUCAAACCAGAUUUCGUUCAGCCCCGAGAUAUUCAGGAGCCGAAGGAUGCUAAAACAGUGUUACAGCAGAAGAGCAGCCGACCUCCUGUCCCGAUUUCCAAUGCAACCAAACGCAGUUUCCUGGGUAGUCCUGCUGCCAUGAGCCCGGCUGACCUGCCACCACCCACUCAACCUCUCCCUGAAGGCAACCAUCGGUACCACCUCCACUCGGAAGAGCCUGAGUGUCUUGGAAAAGGAGCUUCCACAUUUAGUCCAUCCCAUCCUUUGUUGCCACUGAGGCAGAAACAGCAAAAGGUGUCACAGGCAGAGGACAUCCCUGAUCAGCGACACAGAUCGAAUUCUCUAACUCGGGUUGAUGGUCAGCCGCGAGGUGCAGCAGUAGCAUGGCCAGAUAAAAAAAACAGGCCUGUGUCCCAGCCAACACCCUUUGCUCUCCAUCACGCUGCCAGUUGUGAUGUGGACCCCAGCUCUGGUGACAGUGUCAGCUUGGCCCGCUCUAUCAGUAAAGAUAGCUUGGCAUCCAACAUUAUCCACCUGACCCCACAGAACCAGCCCCACCCUUCAGCCGGGAAGACCAGUGGGAAAAGCCUCCUGAGCAAUGUCAACAUUGAGGAUGAGGAGGAAGAACUUGUGGCUAUCAUCAGGACAGAUGUGUCUCCCCAUUCUCCAGAGGUCUCCAGGACCUCACCUCAGGCCCCAGGCCUGGUGGCAAGUGUCAGGUCUCCCCAGAGACAGAUUGACACUUUGGAGAGUAAGCCUGACAGUUUUUACUUAGAGCCCCUGAUGCCAGCAGUGCUACGGCCAGCCAAAGAGAAGCAGAUUAUCACUAAGGAAGAUGAGCGUGGAGAAGGGAGACCGAGGACCGUCAUGUCGAAGAGGCCCAGUGAGGGCUCCCAGCCUUUGGUACGGAAGAAAGUGACAGGUAGCCAUGGCAGUCGUGACCUGAACAGAACUUUCACCCCAAUUCCUUGUUCAGAAUUUGCUGCAAGCAUUGAUCCUGCCGAGGCAGGACCACAGUCAGCAGAAGCUGCAGGAGAAGGGCAACCUCCGGCCAUGGGUAGAUUCGAUCCGUUACCUCAGGGGCAGGCUGCUGAUGGCUUCUUCCUCCAUGUAGGCAGGCCUGAGGAAGAUGAGGGGAGGUGGUAUGUUGGUUCACAGAGUCCCAGCUCCCACGACUCAGAACCCUGGACUAUCCUGAGGCAGGACUCUGACUCCGAUGUGGUAGAUGUAGAGGAUGCAGAGCAGGAUUUCAUUGGUGAGGACCAUCCUAUGGUUAUCCCCAGAUACGCUGGUGAGGAGGAAUCAGCCAAACUACAAGAGGAUAUGAAGGUAAAGGAACACGAAGACAAGGAUGAUGCCAGUGGCCGCUCAAGCCCAUGUCUGAGCACGACCUCUCAGCUCAGCAGCAUGUCCAUGGCGAGCGGAAGUGUGAAGAUGACCAGCUUUGCCGAAAGGAAGCUCCAGCGGCUCAACAGCUGUGAGACCAAGUCCAGCACCAGCAGCUCCCAGAAGACCACCCCAGAUGCAUCUGAAAGCUGCCCGGCCCCUCUGACGACAUGGCGCCAGAAGAGGGAGCAGAGCCCUGGCAGGCACAGCAAGGACCCUGCCAGUCUGCUGGCUUCUGAGCUGGUGCAGCUACACAUGCAGCUGGAGGAGAAGCGCAGGGCCAUCGAGGCCCAGAAGAAAAAGAUGGAGGCACUGUCUGCACGGCAGCGCCUGAAACUGGGCAAGGCAGCCUUUCUGCAUGUGGUGAAGAAGGGGAAGGCUGACGGUGCCCCACAGCCCCUGAGGCCCGAACACUUCACUAAGGAGUUCACACAGCACAACGGAGAGGACUUGGAUGAUGGCACGUGUAAAACUGAAGGGUUCCUUGUCAAAGAAGAUCAGCGAGAUCUCAGUGAGUCUCAGGAUGUGGCGUUUGCACAGCUACAUAAACCCAGGGACCCGGCUUCUCUGCAUGAUGGAGAGAAGCACAGAGUGAUUUCUGCUGCUCUCUUAGAGGACAGUGUUGGCGAGGUGGAUGUGAAUGAGUGUGACCUGUCUAUUGAAAAGCUGAAUGAGACCAUCAGUACACUGCAGCAGGCUAUACUGAAGAUCUCCCAGCAGCAGGAGCAACUUCUCAUGAAGUCCCCCACAGUGCCAACCCCAGGCGCUAAAAAUAACUGCCAGGACCAAAAGGUAAAGGCCCCAGUCCACUUUGUUGAGCCGCUCUCUCCAACUGGUGUGCCUGGCCACCGCAAACCCCCACGGCUUGGCCAGGGCCGGAACUCGCGUCCAGGAAGGCCAGCUGAACUGAAGGUUCCAAAAGACAGACAGCAGGGUUGUUCCCGGAGCAAAACCCCAACACCCAGUAUGGAGACACUCCCACAUCCUCGGUCUUUGCCCCCAAGCACCCAUCCACGGUCACCCUCCGACCCAGGUGGGGAACCCCCUGAGAAGUGUCUCUUUGACAGUUAUAGGCUCCAUGAUGAGAGCAACCAUCGGACCUUUGUCCCGUCCUCUUGCAAAGAUGCAAACAUUGUAUCAGAACAGAUGAACCUUCAGGAGGGUCUGGAGACAAGUGUGAAAGAGGCAAGGCUGAGCUCCUCUGCCAUCGCAGGCAAAGAACACACUCUCAUGGAGGAGCCGCUGAGGAGCAAGGCCAGCCUCAUUGAGGUGGACCUCUCUGACCUGAAGGCCCCGGACGAGGAUGGAGAGGUGGUUGGCCAUGAAAGCUCAGUGGAGCUUGGCGGAGAUGGCGACCAGAAACCUGGGGUUGGUUUCUUCUUCAAGGAUGAACAGAAAGCAGAAGAUGAGCUUGCUAAGAAGAGGGCAGCCUUCCUUCUGAAACAGCAGCGCAAGGCCGAAGAGGCUCGUGCACGCAAGCAGCAGCUGGAGGCUGAAGUGGAACUCAAGCGAGAUGAAGCCCGGCGUAAGGCUGAAGAGGAUCGGCUACGGAAGGAGGAGGAGAAGGCUCGGCGAGAGCUUAUUAAACAGGAAUACUUACGGAGGAAGCAGCAGCAGGCCUUGGAGGAGCAAGGACUUGGCAAGCCUAAAUCGAAGCCUAAAAAGCCUCGGCCAAAGUCAGUGCACCGAGAAGAGUCCUGCAGUGACUCUGGAACCAAAUGUUCCUCCACCCCUGAUAACUUGAGCCGCACUCACUCUGGCUCCAGCUUAUCCUUGGCGUCUGCAGCAACAACAGAACCUGAGAGCGUUCAUUCAGGGGGCACACCUUCUCACCGAGUUGAAUCACUGGAAGCCUUACCCAUCCUGAGCCGCAACCCCAGUAGGAGCACAGACCGAGACUGGGAGACUGCAUCGGCAGCUUCCUCUUUGGCCUCUGUGGCCGAGUACACAGGUCCUAAACUCUUUAAGGAGCCCAGUAGCAAAUCAAACAAACCAAUUAUUCACAAUGCCAUCUCCCACUGCUGUCUGGCUGGAAAAGUGAAUGAACCUCACAAGAAUUCAAUAUUGGAGGAGCUGGAGAAGUGUGAUGCCAACCACUACAUCAUUCUGUUCCGAGACGCGGGGUGCCAGUUCAGGGCGCUUUACUGCUACCAACCUGACACUGAAGAAAUCUACAAACUCACUGGCACGGGGCCAAAGAGCAUCACCAAGAAGAUGAUUGACAAACUGUAUAAAUACAGCUCAGACCGAAAGCAGUUUAACCUGAUCCCAGCCAAGACCAUGUCCGUCAGUGUGGAUGCACUCACAAUCCAUAACCACUUGUGGCAGCCCAAGCGGCCCACAGUGCCAAAGAAAACCCAGACUCGUAAGUGACCAUGGCAACCAGGACUGAGAGGAUGCACUGGUGGGAUCCCUAUUUAUUAUUUUCAUCCAUUUGGUACGAAGUGUGAGGAGCCACGGACAGUUUUUUACAGAGGUUCCUACAGAACAGAGAAGAUCCUCUCACCCCUGCGCACAUGGAUGCUGGGCAUGGAAUAUACAGGAGUGAGUGCUGUGCUUUCGUGGGCACAGCUGCUGUGGCCCUGCUGACCACUGAGAUCCCCAGAAUAAGGGACAUCAUGGAGUGAGGUCCUGGGCUGUGGCCCCCUCACUUGAAGUUCUUCAGGAUAAGUUAAAUGUGAUCUGCUCUCUGGCCUCCCUCACCCACCCCUUUGCACAUUGCCUGAUGCCCCACGUUGGCCAGCUGUAAUCGUGCGUGAUUAUAGGGCCGAGGCUCUCUCUCGGGUCAGGGUGUUUGAAUGUCUUCAUAAAAGGAGUUCGUAUGGGAAAUCUUUUUCAUUUUAGAAAUUGUAUGAUAUUUAUUGACUGUGUCUACUGCCAACCUUUAUAUCCAGUUCUAAGAUUUCUGAAAAAAAAAAAAAAUCCUGUUCCUUGCUGCUCAGAAAAAGUUUACUGAAAAUGCCAGUUCACUAAAAGCACUGAAAUCAGCAAAGUUUGUCUUCUGCUAAAAUGACGUUUACAUAUUUGGAGUGAUUAUUUCUGCCACACAGUCGGGAGGGUUGUGGGUACUGCUAGCUGACGCUGGCCUCGUUGGGAGCAGGCAGCCUAAGCCGGCUUCAGCCACCACUGGUUAGGUCUGGGGAAUGUGCUGAUUGGUUCACUUUAAUAAUAAAGGCAGAUUUUGGUAUAGUAGUGUACUUUCCACCCUGCGGCCGCCGCCGGUUCCUUUGUGGUGUUGUGAUGUCCUGGCUUGCCUGCCGUAAUCCUUGCUUCUGGAGGAGCAGCAUGCUCAGUGGGGUGUGCAGUCUCAGGUGAGGUUGGUAAUUCUUCUUUGUUGCCUCUUUAAAAACUCGGUGGUUAUUUGCAGUUAUUUCAGAAUGAUGUAGCUGCUUCGGGUCCUUUUCUCCUGGUCCCUGUGCUGGUUGACUCCAUCCGAGCAGACAUUCCUGGGGAGCAGAGGUGCCCAGCGAUGGAUCAGCUGUGGGAAGACCCUGGAGUCUUAGUUUUGCACAUUUCUUUUUGAGAGUGUUACUUGAAUCUGUUUGAAUUGCGGGAGAGAAUUGAGGUAAUAGAGGAGACUUGAUGAGUGUCACCACUGGCAGGGCCAGGUAGACAGAGGGAAGGAGCAUAGGGCAGAAACUAGAGGGCAGGAGGUGGUCCUCCUCCUCUUCCCUGGCGACUGUGUAUCCAGUCGGGGUGGCACUGUGUGAGCAUUAAAGUCUGUGACCGCCUGUCACCAACUGUCCCCCGUGUGUCUUCAUUUCUCACUGUGCACUUGAUGUUACCAUAUUUAUUUUAAGGAAGCACUAAAAUGUAAUAAAGUAAUGAGCUGGCUUUCUGUUA